AUGGACUCUCCGGCGCCACAGCAGCCUGCAACCGCGAGCGGCAGCGGGAAGAAGCAGCGCGGCGAGCGAUGGGGCGAGCAGGAGGAUGCGAGAUUUGUAAAUCUCAGGAUUGAGAAUCCAGACAUGUCGUGGGAAGAAUUUCAAAGGGUUCAUAUCCCCUACCCAGCUGCGCAAGAGCUUUCUUCCAUCUUGAUCGCUUUGAUCGAAAACGUGUAUGGUCCAUAUUGGUCUAACGUUGCCCCAAAAAAACAGGUCCUGAGAGCGAGGAUUGAACAGAAAAAAGCAUCUACUAGAGAGGCUGCAGCUGGUGCGGCAUCAUCCUUCCAAGAUCGCGAGACCCUUUCUCCAUUCACCGAGAGCGAAGACGACUCGGCAAGCCACGUCUCGUAUGAAGGCGGCCGUUCACUUCGUCACCGACGCGAUUACGCAGAUAAGCCAGGGGAUGAACCAAGCUCGAAAAGACGGCGAACUCUCCCUGCCAGGACUCGCCGUCGACCCGUCCGUUUAGGCUACGAAGACGAUGCCAUGGCUGAAGACGAUGGACUAGCUAAGCUUCUUGACUUAGUCACCGCGGAAGAUUUUACCAAAAUACACCAGCGAGCGAAGGCCUGUCUCUCAGAGACCAAACGAGCUGAAAAUGCGCUACGCCAGAAUGCUGAGCUGGAGCGUCGAUUGAAAGAGGCAGAAGCCGAGCUCCGAGAACUUACUGAGCGGGCAAAAAAGGACUCUAAAAAGACCGAGCAGGAGAUAGAGGACCGAAAAGAUAUAAAGUAUGAAGGCCUCGAGGUCGAGCUUACGGGAAUGGAUGAGGAGUCCAAAGCCAAGGUCAGAACCUCCUGGGAGAUCAUCAAAUCCAAAGUCCGCGACACGUUUACCCUUCGACAAUGGGAUGAGGCCGGCAUGGGUCCAGCAGUGAAUACAGUCCAGCAAGUUAUUGACAAGCUCAUGGAAACAUCAGCGGCAACAGCACCGAACGGGCAUCCCGGAGAAGAUGUUGGCACCACCAGCCAAAAAUCCCCUACGAUGGGAAAUUGA